AAAAGAAAAAGAAAAAAAAAAACCGAGGGGUGGCUUUGGAAUUGGAACUUUGGAGGGGAGUGUGAGAGAUGAAUUGUCUUCUGCCUUUUUCCAUAUUCACGUUAGACUCAACAAAACCAUGUCUUUUUGACAGUCUCAGUAGAUGCAGAUCUACGAUUAACUCAUUAAAGUCGAAAGAAGCUUGGGAAAGCUCAUAGGUACAACAAAGAUUAAAAGGGGGAAGCUGCUGCUCUCUUGAACGAUGAUGGCGGCUUUCAUGACCGUCCUAGAGUCUGAUCUGAGGGCCCUUUCGGCGGAGGCUCGCCGCCGUUAUCCCGCUGUCAAAGACGCCGCGGAACAUGCCAUCCUAAAGCUUAGAUCACUGGCGAGCCCCAAUGAGAUUGCCCACAACGAGGACAUUUUCAGGAUAUUUGUGAUGGCUUGUGAGGUUAAGAAUGUUAAGCUGAGUGUGAUUGGCCUUUCUUGUCUGCAAAAGCUCAUUGCUCAUGAUGCUAUUGCCCCUUCGUCUCUGACGGAGAUACUUCCUACUCUCAAGGAACAUGGUGAGAUGGCAGAUGAGAGCAUUCAGCUGAAGACCUUGCAAACCAUCCUAAUAAUAUUUCAAUCUCGUCUACAGCCUGAUAAUGAGGAGAAUAUGGCUCAUGCUCUUGGUAUAUGUCUCCGACUCCUUGAAAACAAUAGGUCAUCCGACAGUGUGAGAAAUACGGCUGCAGCAACAUUCAGGCAAGCAGUAGCGUUGAUCUUUGAUCACGUGCUGCAUGCAGAAUCACUACCAGCAGGCAGAUUUGGUUCUGGAGGAUACACUUCUCGAACAAAUUCUGUAACUAGUGAUGUCAAUCGCAACAUAAAGCGCCUUGAGUUGCUGGAUUUGGAUGUUACUGCCGGAGGGGCAUCAUUAAUGAGGGGCACUCUAACAAAAGCGGGGAAACUUGGACUUUGCUUGCUUGAAGACUUGACAACUCUUGCUGCAGGUGGAUCUGCUAUUUGGUUACGUGUUGGUUCCGUUCAGCGGUCAUUUGCACUUGAUUUACUCGAGUUCAUAUUGUAUAAUUAUGUAGUUCUCUUCCGGACGCUGAUUCCUUUCGAACAGGUUCUGCGCCACCAAAUAUGCUCACUUCUCAUGACAUCACUUCGUACCAACUCUGAGAUUGAAGGCGAGAUAGGGGAGCCUUACUUUCGCCGCUUAGUAUUGCGGUCUGUGGCCCAUAUUAUUAGAUUCUAUAGUUCAUCCCUUACAACAGAAUCAGAGGUGUUCCUCAGUAUGUUAGUGCGGGUUAUAGCUCUUGAUCUACCACUGUGGCAUCGCAUUCUUGUCCUUGAAAUCUUGAGGGGUUUCUGUGUGGAAGCGCGCACAUUGCGCAUUCUUUUUCAGAAUUUUGACUUAAAUCCCAGUAACUCAAAUGUGGUUGAGGGCAUGGUUAAAGCUCUUGCCCGCGUUAUUUCUUCUGUGCAGUACCUAGAAACUGGCGAGGAGAGUCUUGCUGCUGUUGCUGGAAUGUUUAGCAGUAAAGCCAAAGGUAUCGAGUGGAGCUUGGACACUGAUGCAUCUAAUGCAACUGUUUUGGUCGCUAGCGAAGCACAUGCUAUCAGUUUAGCAAUUGAGGGUCUGUUAGGUGUUGUUUUUGCUGUUGCCACUUUGACUGAUGAGGCAGUGGAUGAUGGUGAGCUUGAAUCCCCCAGAUGUGAUACUGAUCCACCCGCAAAAUGUGCUGGGAUAACUGCAACACUUUGUAUUUCGAUAGUCGAUUCAACUUGGUUAACAAUACUAGAUGCUUUGUCCCUGAUUUUGAUGAAAUCACAGGGUGAGGCUAUUAUACUGGAGAUAUUGAAAGGUUACCAAGCUUUUACGCAGGCAUGUGGAGUUCUUCAUGCUGUUGAACCGUUAAACUCUUUUCUUGCGUCCCUUUGCAAGUUCACAAUUUAUAUCCCCAAUGAAGUUGAAAAAAAGAGUGUUCUACUGUCGCCAAGUUCAAAACGUGCUGAACAAUUAGGUGGCCAGAAGGAGAACAUUGUUCUUACUUCAAAAAACGUGCAGGCUUUAAGGACUCUCUUCAACAUUGCUCACAGGUUGCAUAAUGUAUUGGGUCCAUCAUGGGUUUUGGUUUUGGAAACUCUAUCUGCUCUUGAUCGAGCAAUACAUUCUCCUCAUGCGACAACACAGGAAGUUUCAACAGCAGUCCCAAAGCUUUCUAGAGAUCUAUCUGGGCAAUAUAGUGACUUUAGUAUUCUCUCUUCAUUGAACUCUCAGCUUUUCGAGAGCUCAGGUUUGAUGCACGUGUCAGCGGUUCAGUCACUUCUUUCUGCUCUUUGUCAGUUGUCACGUCAAUGUAUAGCAACUUUGAGUAACAUUGGGCCGGCAUCUAAUCAGAAAAUUGGAAGCAUUAGCUUUUCUGUGGACAGAAUACUAUCCAUCCUCAACAAUAAUCUUCACAGGGUGGAACCUUUAUGGGAUGACAUCGUUGGUCAUUUCCUUGAGCUUGCUGAUAGUUCCAAUCCGCUACUACAAACUAUGGCCCUUGAUGCAUUAGAUAAAUCCAUAUCUGCUGUCUUAGGUUCUGAUCAGUUUCAGGAGAAUGCUUCAUCAAACUCAGUUGAUGCACCGACUGAUCUAAUUGUCCAAUCGAAGUUGAGAUCACUGGAAUGUGCUGUCAUCUCACCAUUAAGUAACCUUUAUUCUUUAUCACAAAUUUACGAUGUUCGGCUUGGAUCUGUGAAGAUUCUUUUGCAUGUUAUAGAGAGGCAUGGGGAGAAAUUGCACUUCAGUUGGCCAAAUAUUCUUGAAAUGUUAAGGUCUGUAGCUGAUGCAUCAGAGAAAGAUCUCAUUGCACUAGGAUUCCAAUUUUCUUCACGUGAUAUCUGUUUUUGUUUUCCUCAUGCACUAUUUCAAUCUUAAUUUGCAGGUGUAUUGAUGUAGUUGGGGCAUACAGUACACAGAAGACUGACUUGAAUAUAAGUCUGACAGCUAUAGGCCUGCUGUGGACCGCCACAGACUUCAUUGUGAAAGGACUUAAGAAUUGGACUAAGGAAGAAUUUGAAACAGAUCCAACGAAUUAUAACCAGCAGGAAGAGCCAGCUCCUGAUUCUCAUGAUAAACUUGUUCAUACCUCAAACUAUUCGGAUAUUGCCGAACGUGACAAGUUGCUAUUUUCAGUUUUCUCUUCACUCCAUAAGCUGGGAGCUGAUGAAAGACCAGAGGUUAGGAACUCCGCCAUUAGAAUGCUAUUCCAAUCUCUGGGAAGUCAUGGACAGAAGUUUUCUAAAAGCAUGUGGGAGGAUUGCCUUGGGAAUUAUAUUUUCCCUUCAUUGGAUCAUGCAUCUCACUUGGCUGCAACAUCGUCUAAAGACGAAUGGCAGGGUAAAGAACUUGGAACCCGCAAAGGAAAAGCAGUUCAUAUGCUUAUACAUCACAGUCGAAAUACAGCUCAAAAGCAAUGGGAUGAGACACUUGCACUCGUGCUCGGAGGCAUUGCCCGUAUUUUCCGAUCAUUUUUCCCGUUUCUUAGAAGUUUAAGAAAUUUCGAGUCAGGUUGGGAGUCUUUGCUUGUCUUCAUAAAAAAUAGCAUUCUAAAUGGUAGUAAAGAAAUUGCUCUUGCAGCAAUAAAUUGCUUGCAGUCCACCAUAGUUUCUCAUUCUCCAAAGGGAAAUCUUCCUUUAACUUACAUUAGGUCCGUACUCGAUAUUUAUGAGGAUGUUCUUCUGAAAUCUCCAAAUAAUACUUAUCAUGUCUCAGAAAAGGUGCAGCAGGAGAUUUUACAUGGUCUUGGUGAACUAUAUUUCCAAGCUCAAGGGAUGUUCGACAACGACAUGUAUAAGCAGUUGAUAUUUGUCAUAGAUUCUACAAUUAAAGAAUCCAAGAUCUCCAAUAACAACUUCGAAGCAGAUUAUGGUCAUGUGCCACCUGUGCAAAGGACCGUAUUGGAAAUCUUACCUUCACUACGUCCAGCAGCAAACCUUAGUUCAAUGUGGAUUUUGCUCCUCAUGAAAUUGUUGCAUUAUCUUCCAGCAGUUGAUCCCUUGUUAGAUGAGAACAAGGAUCGUUAUGAACCAGUUGGCAAUGGCAGUCAUUUUUUUUCUGGUGAUAUGACAAAUGGGUCUUCUUCAAUGACACAAAAGGAAGGAGAAGGGUUUACUCUGAACAACAAAUAUACACUGUUUGCUGAGAAACUUGUGCCUGUGCUUGUUGAUCUCUUUUUGCUGGCUCCAGUUAAAGAAAAAUAUGAUGUUUUCCCAAAUUUAAUUCAAAGUCUGGGAAGGUGUAUGACAACAAGAAGGGAUGAUCCUGACGGAACACUUUGGAGAAUAGCUGUCGAGGGCUUUCACCGUUUACUUAUUACCGAUGUUAAAAAACUUAAACCAGAAAGCUGCAUAGAUAAUUCUAUCACUAGACAGCAAAGAGUACAUGUCUGGAAGGAAGUGGCUGAUGUGUACGAAUUAUUUUUAGUGGGGCACUGUGGCCGUGCGCUACCUUCCAAUAAAGUCUCGGAGAUCGAUGAGUCUCUUGAGAUGAACAUUUUAGACAUUCUGGGAGAUAAUAUUCUUGGAUCAGAUACUGAUAUACCUCUUGAUAUUCUACAAAGACUAAUUUCCACCCUCGAUCGUUGCGCGUCACGUACUUGUUCUUUGCCUCUCGAAACCGUCGAGCUUAUGCCUUCUCACUGCAGCAGAUUUUCUUUGACAUGCUUGAAGAAGCUAUUUUCUUUGAGCAGCUUAGAAACAAGUGAUUGGAGUUUGGGCAGAUCUGAAGUUAGCAAAAUUGCAGUUGUGACACUUACAUCGAGAUGUGACUUUAUAUUGAGGAAAUUCUUGUCAGACGAAAAUGGAAUUGGUGAUGAACGUUCCUUGCCUCGAGCAAGGAUGGAAGAAGUUAUAUUUGUUCUGAAAGAGCUUGCUCAACUUGUAAUUCUUCCUGAAACAGGAAUGUCUCUUCCUUUGCCUCCUCAAUUGAAAGAGGUUUUGUCUAAGGAUAAUGAGAGAAGACAUCCUCAUUUGCUGGUUUUAUUUCCUGCAUUUUGUGAACUUGUUCUAUCAAGGGAAUUGCAUGUUAGAGAGCUCGUACAAAUCUGUCUUCGACUAACUGCUGAAGAUUUGGGUUUGCAAAAGCUUGAUGUCAACAGUUAAAAACAAUCAGGUGAAUGUUUGUGGCGAGGCCUCUGUAAAUUCGUGUAAACUCCUAUUUUUUCAUGCGAGUCGUGCACGAUGAGGA